UAAAACAUGAACCCGAAUAAUCCCUUCAGUGGGCAGCCACCCACUGUCUUCCCAACAUCUUCUAGUACUGCCAUGGGGACAUUUCAGCCUAAGCCACAGUUUCGAUUUGGCCAGCCUUCUCUGUUUGGACAAACCAGUACAUUACCUGGGAAGAGCUCAGGAUUCUCACAGGGUUCCAGCUUUUCAGCCGCUCCUGGAGGAAGUAGUUCCUCUUCAACUCAAACAUUAGCAUUCCCCCAAACUUCAAACGUUGGACUCUUCUCUGGACCUGAACACACUACAUCCUUUGUAGCUGCCUCUGCACCUUCAAGUUCAUCUGUGUCUGGAAACCCAGGAUUUAGUUUCAAAUCACCUGCUGUUGGUGCUUUCCCGAGCCCACCUACUUUUGGAUCAGAGACUGGAGAAAUUGCAAGCUCUGGUUUUGGGAAAACAGAGUUUAUCUUUAAGCCUCAGGAAAAUUCAGUGUUUAGGCCAAUAUUGGGAGCCGAGUCUGAAGCAGAGAAAACUCAGAGCCAAGUGACUUCUGGAUUUUUUACAUUUCCCCACCCGAUUAGUAGUGGAUCUGGGGGAACGACCCCAUUUUCUUUUGCCCACGUGACAAGUGGUUCAACUAGCAAUUCCAAUUUUAGCUUUUCAAAACCAGUUAACAGUAAUAAUUCAACAUCUGCCUUUACCCCUGCUUUGUCAAACCUGAAUGUGGAAGAAGAGAAGAGAGGCCCCAAGUCGCUCUUUGGGGGUUCUAAUAGUAAUUUUGCUGCCUUCCCUGUGUCAUCUUCGGGCUCUUUGGGAGACCCCUUUCCAAUAAAUAAAACUGGUGUCAGGCCAGGGUGUGAAGAAGCAGGUUCGCAAAUAGAGGCCCUCCCUGGCCUCAUGAAAGGGUUGAAAAGGAAGGAGGAGCAGGAUCGCUCCCCACGGAGACGUGGCCAUGACACCAUGGAGGAGCUGGACCCUCUGUCCCGGGGCGACCACCCUCCAGAUAAGCGGCCUGUUCGACUGAAUCGGCCUCGGGGAGGUUCUCUGUUUGGUAGGACCAUACAGGACGUCUUCAAGAGCAACAAAGAAGUGGGUCGUCUAGGCAGCAAGGAGUCCAAGAAGGAAGGUGGAUGUGCCGAGUCUGGGGAUAGUGACCUGGUGACCAUUCCAGCAGGGAUUCAGCCUGUCCUGACACCUGCCCGGCACCCAGGGGUGAAUAAAGAAGAAGAGACUGAAAGCCGAGAUAAAAAAGAAGAUUCUCUCAGAACCUCUAGGCGUCAGAGUAAAAGGAGCGAGAGCACAGAUAGUCUAGGGGGCUUCUCUCCUGCUGAAAUCACAGCGAUCCAGUGCAAGAACAUCCCCGACUAUCUCAAUGACCGAACCAUCCUGGAGAACCACUUUGGCAAAAUUGCAAAAGUACAGCGCAUCUAUACUAGACGCAGCAAAAAGCUUGCAGUGGUGUAUUUUUUUGAUCAUGCAUCAGCUGCUCUUGCCAGGAAGAAGGGGAAAGGCCUACACGAGGACAUAGCUAUCUUUUGGCACAAGAAGAAGAUAAGUCCCAACAAGAAAUCCUUUUGCCUUAAGGAGAAGAAGCUGAGUGAGGGAGAUGUUGGCCCCAGCUCUGAGGAGUCGUCUUUCCAACUCUCCCCUCUGGGCAAGCCUGUGGCUCGGGCUGCAGGGGGUGGCCUCCUGAGCAAGAGCUCUCCAGUGAAGAAGCCAAGUCUCCUUAAGCUCGAGGGAGACCCUUUUGACUCAGUCUCUGAGGUCUCAGAAGGUCUUGGGUCAUGUGCAUCGUCCCUCAGCACCCUGAUAGGCACCGUGGCGGAGACAUCUGAGGACAGAUACCGCCUGCUGGACCAGAGGGACAAGGUCAUGCGUCAAGCUCGGGUGAAGAGAACUGACCUGGACAAAGCAAGGACUGUGGUGGGGACGUGCCCGGACAUGUGUCCUGAGAAGGAACGUUACAUGCGGGAGACACGGAGCCAGCUAAGCAUCUUUGAACUGGUCCCGGGUACUGACCAGGUAGACCAUGCGGCAGCUAUAAAGGAGUACAGCCGUUCCUCGGCUGACCAGGAGGAGCCGCUGCCACACGAGCUACGGCCCUCAGCAGUACUCAGCAGGACCAUGGACUACCUGGUCACCCAGAUCAUGGACCAGAAAGAGGGCUCUCUGCGCGACUGGUAUGACUUCGUGUGGAACCGCACACGAGGCAUCCGGAAGGACAUCACGCAGCAGCACCUGUGUGACCCCCUGACGGUGUCCCUGAUUGAGAAGUGCACCCGUUUCCACAUCCACUGUGCCCACUUCAUGUGCGAGGAGCCCAUGUCCUCCUUUGAUGCCAAAAUCAACAAUGAGAACAUGACCAAGUGUCUCCAGAGCCUGAAGGAGAUGUAUGAGGACCUACGGGGCAAGGGUGUGCUCUGUGCUAGUGAGGCUGAGUUCCAGGGCUACAACGUGCUCCUCAACCUCAACAAGGGUGACAUCCUGAGAGAAGUACAGCAAUUCCAUCCUGCAGUCAGAAACUCCUUUGAGGUGAAAUUUGCAGUUCAGGCUUUUGCUGCAUUGAACAGUAAUAAUUUUGUGAGGUUUUUCAAACUGGUCCAGUCGGCUUCCUACCUCAACGCUUGUCUGCUGCAUUGCUACUUCAGCCAGAUCCGCAAAGACGCCCUCCGAGCACUCAAUGUGGCUUACACGGUCAGCACUCAGCGCUCCACAGUCUUCCCCUUGGAUGGGGUGGUACGCAUGCUGCUCUUCCAGGAUAGUGAAGAGGCCACUGACUUCCUCAACUUCCAUGGUCUCGGCGUGUCUGAUGGCUUCGUCGAGCUGAGCCGCUCUGCAUUCCUGGAACCAGAGGGGCCUUGCAAGGCCAGAAAGUCAGUGUUUAUCACGCGGAAGCUGACGGUGUUGGUUGGGGAAGUUGUAAAUGGAGGCCCGUUGCCCCCCGUACCUCGGCACAUCCCUGUGUGCAGCUUCAACUCCCAAAACAAGUAUGUGGGGGAAAGUCUGGCCACAGAGCUGCUGGUGAGCACGUCCAGGCCCAGCUUGGACCCCGCCGGUGCAGGGAGAGGAGAAGAGUGUGAUACAGAGGCAGACGCGGCUCCAGUCGCAGGCCUCCCUCAGCCCCUUUCUGUGCCUGUGUCCCUGCUCCCAGUGCCCAGUCUGUUCCCGCCUGCUAUGCAGCCCGAGCUGCAACCUCCGAAGCCCAUGUAUUCUGACAUGGACCUGGCACUGGUGGUGGAUGAGCUUAUCCAGGAAGUUCUUCAGGAAGACUUGGAGGAAGUGGGCAUCGCAGGGGCAGCCUUUGCAGCCACAGCUCUGGGUGUCUCCAGUGCUGCCGCGGAAGAGCUGCUGACAGCUACCACCAUGGGCAUUCUAAGGCACGUCGCCGCUGAAGAAAUAAACAAGGAAAGGGAGAGGAAAGCAGAGGAGAAACGGCGGGCUGAGGAGGAGAGGAUGAAGCAAGAGAGAGAGCUGGCAUUGAUGCAGCUGAGCCAGGGCUUGGCUGCAGAACUGAUGGAACUUGUGCUGAGGGAAUGUGUGAGGGAAGCCUGUUGUCAAGAGUGGAAGAGUGCUGUGGAGGUGGACCAGAAGGUCCGCAUGGCCCGUUGCUGUGAAGAUGUCUGUGCCAACCUUGUGGAUUUGUUUCUUGGGGAGGAGAUUUUCCAGACUGCAAAGGAAACCCUCCAGGAACUUCAGUGCUUCUGCAGAUACCUCCAGCGGUGGAGGGAGGCCGUGGCAGCCAGAAAGAAACUGAGGCGCCAGAUGCGGGCCUUCCCUGCAGCACCUUGCUGUGUCGAUGUGGACAGCCGGCUGUGGGCACUGGCGCCCAGUGCAGAGUGCCCCAUUGCUGAAGAGAACCUGGCCAAGGGCCUGCUGGACCUGGGCCACGCAGGAAAAGUGGGCAUUUCCUGCACCAGGUUGAGGUGGCUCAGAAACAAGACGGCCCAUCAGAUGAAGGUCCAGCACUUCCACCAGCAGCUGCUGAGUGAUGCAGCUUGGGCACCCCUGGACCUGCCGUCACUUGUGGCUGAGCACCUCUCCAGGGAGCAGGAGAAUGUGUUUUGGAAGCUGGUGCUGAUGUUGCCCGGAGAAGAGCAGUGUGCAGGGCGUCCUGCCAGAAUUCUAACAGAUUGGUUAAAGGUCAAGUUCAUGGGAGAUGGUGGAUUUGUGGACGACACUUACGGCGAUACUGGUGGUAUUCAGACCCUCACGUUGUUUAACACUCUCAGCAGUAAAGAGGGGCAUAUGGUUUCUGUCAGUGUUUGUGUAAAGGUGGCCCAUGGACCCCUUAGCGACUAUGCCCUCGAUGUAGUAGAGACACAGAAGGGACUCCUGGGCGCCAGCGGGCUGCUGCUCCUACUCCCACCCAGGGCAAGGCUGGGGAACCAGGCAGAAGAAGAGGAGGAGGAAGAGAUCUCUCGGCUGUCGGCAUUGCUGCAGCUCCAGCAACUCCUACAGGCCAAGCCUUUCCAGCCUGCACCUCCUCUCAUCGUCCUUGUACCCAGUCCAGGAGGGGCCAGUAGCCAGAAGGCAGUAGAAGAUGGUCUCAUGCUUCGGGAUCUGGUGUCUGCUAAGCUGAUUUCAGACUUUUCCAUUUUUGAGAUCCCAGAAUCUGUCGGUAAUUCUCAAGGCACGAUCAAGGUGUCGCAGGCUGUGCGGUGGCUGCUCUCACACUGCCCUCGAGCCCUGGACCUUUGCUGCCAGACUCUGGUCCAGUACGUGGAAGAUGGGGUUGCCCGAGAAUUCAGCAGUCGCUUCUUCCACGACCAGAGGGAACGGCGGCUGGGCGGGCUGGCCUCACAGGAGCCUGGUGCCAUCAUCGAACUCUUCAACAGCGUGCUACACUUCCUAGCUGCGCUGGUGUCCUCUGCGCAGCUGUGUGACCUGUCCUGGCCUGUCACUGAGUUUGCCAGGACAGGUGGCAACCAGCUGCUACCUCACCUGCACUGGAAUAGCCUGGAGCACUUGGCCUGGCUGAAGCAGGCCGUGCUGGGCUUCCAGCUCCCGCAGAUAGACCUUCCACCUCCAGAAGCCCCCUGGCGCCCUGUCUGCUCCAUGCUCAUCCAGUAUGCAGCCCAGAUCCCCAGCUCUCACCACACCCAGCCCGUCCUCCAGUGCCAGGUGGAAAACCUGCUCCAUAGAACCUACUGCCGCUGGAGAAGCAGGAACCCUUCCUCGGACCAAGGCACAGGGCCUUCAGUGGCUGAGAUCCCUUGGGACGAUGCCAUCGCCUUGUGCAUCAACCACAAGCUGAGGGACUGGACACCUCCCAGGCUUCCGGUCACACCAGAGGCUCUGAGUGAAGAUGGUCAAAUCUGUGUGUAUUUCUUUAAAAAUGAUUUGGAAGGCUAUGACAUUCCUUUGUCAUGGGAAAAAGCCCGGAUGCAGACGCAGAAGGAGCUACAGCUACGACAGGAGUGCCCUGGGAGCACAUCUGUUCAUCUUUCUGCAAAUAGCUUUCCCACUCCGUUGCUUCCUGUGCACCGGAAAGGGAAGAGGAGUGGGGUGUCCGACCAAGAGGCGAGGGUCCCCAGCGUGGAGGAGUUGGUACGUGGUGCAUCUGCUCAGGAGCUGCUGGCCCAGUGUCUGUCCAGCAGCCUGCUACUGGAGAAGGAGGAGAGCCAAAGGUUUGAAGACCAGCUUCAGCAGUGGCUGUCUGAAGACUACCAAGCCUUUGCGGAUUCCACUUCCCUCCCGCUCUACCUUCCUCAGACUCUCGUGUCUCUGCCUCGGACCAUUGAGCCCAUGAAAAGAGUGUCAUCAGCUGCCAGCCAUCAGAAUGAGAGGACAAGGGAGUGGCCACGGCCGUCAGAGGGAGCGGGAACCUGUCUGACAGACCGGCUGGCACACCUAGAACAGAUGAUCUGCAGUUCCAGGGAGGAGGAGGUGGCGUCGGAGCUCCAUCUGUCUGCACUCCUGGACAUGGUGGACAUUUGAGCAAGCUGGACUUGAGGUGGGUGGGGGCUGGGCUCUCUCCAGAAGAUUUGCUUUUACACAAAAUGAUGUUGUUCUCAGAUGCUUGUUGCAUGUUGUAAAUGUGAUGUUGAUCAUGCAAAUAAACAUGUGAGUGUCUGAGGUGGCUUUUCCCAAGCUCUGUGAAAGGCUAUUUCCUCCCUGGGGACAACUGUGAUGUUCUUCUUGUUUCCAUCAUUUCCUCAGACUGUCACCCCUCAGCAGAUGCUUUGAGGGAAUUUCAGCUUUUAUCUUCAGGUGUAGUAAGUGAUGAUGUAUUUCUGCUUGUAGGCUCAGUAAAGCUGCACCAACUGAUGAUGUGAGCAGGGGCCUGUGCAGCUCGCAUCUGAGAGCCAGCAGUUGUCCAUGUAACCAGGACAACCAGGAGCAGGAAAGAUGGGUUUGGGAGGAGGGAGCAGAGUGACUGGGAGGUGCUUAGGAGGGUGAGGUGAGAACCGGGGCAGCGGUGUGGGGUAUUAAUGUUGCCAAGGGAGGGGGCAGGCCAUACCACAAGGGACUUUGGGCACUGUGCCUGAAAGAUCAUCUUUUAGUACACAGAGGCAGAGAAGUGAUGCAGUCACUUUCUUCUUCACAGUGGCAUAUUGGGGACCAUAAGUAGGACAACCACAUGUGAUCUAGACACACCUGUGUGUUAGAGUUCUCCCUGGCACAACACCUUGACUCCUAGAGGGCGCUGGGCCUCAAGGGAAUGCCCUGGGUCCUGACUUCUCAGGGAUCCAGGCUGUUGGACUGUUGCCAGGGAAAUUUCCAAGAAUAACAGAUUAAUGAGCCUUGAUUUGCCAGCAGCUGAUGGCUUGAGAUGUGGGAAACAGACAUCUCUAGGUGUCAGCAAUACUUCAACCUUACCUCUGCCUUAGAGUAUCAAGGACAGUGCUCAAGCAGCUUCUUCCUAGUCAUAAAAAUAUCCUGUCUCCCUUCACUACCUGCUCGUUAGUGCACAUUAGCAUUCUCCCUCAGCCUGUAUUUAACCAUUGCCUUUCCUAAUAAACUUUGUUAUAUGACCAUCA